GCCAAGAAAUGGGAUGUCUCUUGACGUCGAAGAGCUCAUAAAAAUUCCAGUCAUUAAGUCUUCUAUUUGGGACAUUUUUGCCAAAGCUCUUGACUUUAGCUCUCUCCUAAAAGGGUUCUUUGCUGUUGGCAAAUGUCCGAUGUCAUCAAAUGUUGUUUGUUCCUUCGUGCUAGAUUCCUCAUCGGCUGCCCCAUCAAGUUUCCCGCAUGGCUUCUGGAACGAUGCCGCUGGUCCACAGACUGCUUUACGCUCUCAGAGCCUUAGCGGAUGACGAGCCCCCUCCCUCCAGAAGAUCACGUAAAACUUCUGAGCGACAUCGACAAGCUGUUGCCCUUGUAAUUACGUUCAGAGAUCUCUUUACCUCCAGUGGAUUAAAUUUUCUUCUGGAAGACUUGGAGGCUAAUCGAACUUGCAGGAAAAAGAUGCAUAACUCUUCUCAACAAUUGGAGACCCCUAAAUGCGAGCUAGGAAAGGCGUUUAAGAUUUCAGACAGUGAGCAUCCACUUGCCACCAGCGAAAGCAUUGAUUUCUUUGAUGAUCCAAAAACUCUUUCACGUGACUUGACGCCUUCUGGAUUGCCAAGUGCUGGGUCGCCUUCCAAACUGCUAGUGCCAGUGAGCGCAGGAUCUGGAAUGCGGAGGAAAGAAACUCUGGCUAUUCCUUUAUCUCCGGAAGACGAGGACAAAACUGUGAAUGCUCUUCGGAAAGUUCUGAAGUGGUCGCCCAGGAAACAGAAUUUAGCCACAUUCUCUGUCCCUUUGCCCAGAGAGGAGGAACACAAAGCAGUUGCUGUCGUGCAAAAUGCCGUCAAUCGGGUGAAAGAGGAGCAACAGCAGAAGAGAAAGUUUAAACUAUUUAAACUGAAAUUCUGUUGAUGCUGCUCAUAAGAUUUGGCGAUUAUUUAUUUCACAAUCAAACUCAGCUUAAGGUUUAAGGAAUUUAGAGAAAAAGAAACUGAGUAAAAAAAUAACGAGUAUUAAGUUAUAAGUGAUUUUCAACAGCUCUAUGUUUUGAAGCCAAUAUUUUCGAUCACUUUUAAUCAUCUGAAAAUGUUUGUCUUCCUUCAAGUGAAACAACAUUUUAAUAGUAAAAUGAUUGUUUAUUAAAAAAAAAAGCCAGGAAAUAAUCCAUAUCUUAUUGAUGUUACAACAGGAAAUAUUGUUUUAAGAUUUAUCAAAUAUAAAAUCUAUUUAGUGCAAUUUUAAUAUUUUUACUCUCUUUUAAGGAUACCAUUCUAUUUCAUAUUGAUACAAUAGAUUAAUAAGAAAUGGAUUUAAUUUUGAUGAAAAUUUUGCUCGUAUUUUCAAUUUCUGUUUGUUAUCAUUCCGUGGCCUUUAAGCAGAUGCAUCACACAAAUUAAUUCAUACGAAAGGACUUUCGGCAAUGAUGUUUUUUUAAUUUUAUUAUUGUUAUUAUUUUGUGUCGUACAAAACUUAUUUGUUUCCUUGAGCAAUUUUGCACGUUUUAUAGAACGAUUCAUUCCUGGAUUGGAGAAAAUAUGUGGCGAUAGAAAACAUUUCAUCUGAAUAACAUUUCUGCUAGAAUAGCUAUGAAUGAAAUCCUUAUGAACGAAAUGAAGGCAAUGGAAGACAGCACUGUCCAUCAGUUUUUUUUCUUUUCUUCUUAUGAUUUCUGAAAUGUUCAAUGAAAAGCGUUUACCAUUUUUUUCCUCCUAUGUAUUUACAUGUAACCUGUGUUCUAUGUAACAAAAUAAACUAAUUUGUUUUAAAUAAAAAUGUAAAUAU